AUGGGCAGAGUCGAACCUCUUAACCCUAAGCCAUUUCUUAAUUCGAUGGUUGGCAAGAAAGUAGUCGUCAAACUCAAAUGGGGCAACCGUUUUCGAGGAACUUUGAUCUCUACUGAUGAUUGGAUGAAUUUGCAUCUUAUCAAAACCGAAGAACUUGUUGGAUCCGAUCAAGGUGCAAAGAUUGGUGAAUUGAUGAUUCGGUACAACAACGUUAUGUGGAUUGCUAAAUGUUAGUGGCCUCUUACUUUUGUUGAUGGU